AUGAGACCAGGCCAGGGCGCCGGCGGCGACGCGCGGAAGGGCUGCCGGACGGGCGGCGGCAGCGGCGCGGGGCGCCCCGCGACGGCAGCCGGGGCCUGGGCGGUGAGCGCGCUGUGCCUGCUGCUCUCCGCCGGCUCGGCGGUCGCCUGCCUGCUGCUGGGCGUCCAGGCGGCCGCGCUGCAGGGCCGGGUGGCGGCGCUCGAGGAAGAGCGGGAGCUGCUGUGGCGCGCGGGGUCGCCGGACACCCUGGUCGCCUGGGCCGAGCCGCAACUGGAACGCCUGCUGCGCGAGAAGAUGGAGGGACCAGUCAAGCUCCGGACAGUUCGAGAAGCACCGACGGACUGUGUCUGUCCCCCAGGCCCCCCUGGACGGCGUGGCAAACCUGGAAGAAGAGGCGAUCCCGGUCCUCCCGGGCAAUCAGGACGAGAUGGCUACCCGGGGCCACUGGGUCUGGAUGGCAAGCCCGGACUUCCAGGCCUCAAAGGAGAAAAGGGUGCACCAGGAGACUUUGGCCCCCGGGGAGAUCAAGGGCAAGAUGGAGCUGCUGGGCCUCCAGGGCCCCCAGGACCCCCUGGGGCCCGGGGCCCUCCUGGCGACACUGGGAAAGAUGGCCCCAGGGGAGCACCAGGCCCAGUGGGUGCCAAAGGAGAAGCUGGACAAGAUGGCGAGACGGGCCUGAGUGGACCCCCAGGGCCCAAGGGCGAGCCCAGUGUUCCUGGAAAGAAGGGGGAUGAUGGGACACCAGGCCAGCCAGGGCUCCCAGGACCCUCAGGGCCCAAGGGCAAGCCAGGGAGCGCGGGGCCUCAGGGAGAGAAUGGCGUGGACAGAGCCCCGGGGCCCAAGGGGGAGCCCGGCCAGCCCGGAGCCGAUGGAGCCACAGGGCCGCGGGGUCCCCCAGGCCUCAAGGGUGAGCAAGGAGACACGGUGGUAAUUGACUACGAUGGCAGGAUCUUGGAUGCCCUUAUGGGUCCUCCUGGGCCACAGGGGCCCCCCGGGCCACCAGGGAUCCCCGGAGCCAAGGGUGAACUCGGCUUGCCUGGUGCUCCAGGAAUCGAUGGAGAGAAGGGUCCCAAAGGACAGAAAGGAGACCCAGGAGAAGCCGGGCCGAUAGGACCCAAAGGGGAAGCAGGAGAGAUGGGCCUGUCAGGCCUCCCGGGUGCCGACGGCCCCAAGGGGGAGAAGGGAGAUCCGGCAUCUGACGACCUACAGGAGAGCCUGGCCCAGAUCAUAGUGGAACCAGGGCCCCCAGGGCCCCCUGGUCCCCCAGGCCCCAUGGGCCUUCAGGGAAUCCAGGGUCCCAAGGGCUUGGACGGAGCAAAGGGAGAGAAGGGCAUGUCGGGUGAGAGAGGACACAGUGGCCUGCCUGGGCCAGCUGGCCCGCCAGGCCUUAUUGGGCUGCCAGGAACCAAAGGAGAGAAGGGCAGACCCGGGGAGCCAGGACUAGAUGGUUUCCCUGGACCUCGAGGAGAGAAAGGCGACCGGAGCGAGCGUGGAGAGAAGGGGGAGCGCGGUGUCCCCGGUCGGAAAGGAAUGAAAGGCCAGAAGGGCGAGCCGGGACCCCCAGGCCUGGACCAGCCAUGUCCAGUGGGCCCUGAUGGCCUGCCCGUGCCUGGCUGCUGGCAUAAGUGAUCCCAAGCACGCAUCUCACAACCUGUACAGAUCUGUGUGGACAUUUUUAAUUUUUGUAAAAACAAAACAGUAAUAUAUUGAUCUUUUUUCACGGGAUGCACCACCAUACCUGUGGCCUUUUGACAUUUGAGAGUGUGCCCAGCCCAGCCCCAGAAUGAUCAGCAUGUGAAGCUGCCAGGAAAGUAGACAGGCCCACUGGGGGCAAUGUGUACUUGAGGGGCACCCUCAGGACUUGGCUUUCCCGGGAAGGAGAUGAAGGUGAAAGUGCCUGGCUCAGGAGAGGCUGCAAAGAUGCCAGGUUGGGCCUUCAGUCACCUGAUUAGCAGAGACUCUGGCUGUCCCGCUGCCCUGCAAGAGCCUGCCCUCUGAAGCUCUGGAGUCCAGGAUCCACGCCAUCCAAAAAGGCUCAGGGCAUGAAAGGCAAAUGCAGCUGCUCCUGGCCUCUCUGGCCUCUGCACUCAGCCACAGCCAGCUGACAGGACUCCCACCCACCACUUGCAGCUGGACACGGGGAGCUGUGGGAAGCACCCUAAGGGGUUGAGCUCCCGCCAAGUUCCGUAGGCCUCAGGAACCAGCCUGCCUUCCGUGAGAACAAGUGUCCUCUGGCCAGGAGUGGAAGCCAAGCGCUGUGAUAACUACCACAUGGACCCAGCAGCAGGGAGCCCUAGGAUCCCCAAAUGUGGAGGUCCCAGGCUGGAAUGUCCGUUGUUCCUGUCUCUCCACCACCCACAGCAGGGACCUGAUGGGACUUUGCCAGCCUCAAGCUCAGAGUUUGGUUCUCACUGACCCCAAGGCUCCCACCCAGGGGAACUCUGGUCAGCCUGCCAAAAAUGAGUCCUCCGAGUGAGCUAUGCAAAUGAAGAGAGCCUCAGGGCUGCUUCCAGGCCUGCCUAAGUAGGGCACCUAUGCCCUGAGCCAAUGAUGCUCUGAGAAGAGGCUUCCCCACCUCUGACAAGGGUUCUCGGCCACCAGCUCCAGCCCAACCACUUGCUUCCCCUCUCUGUGUAGAUGGAAAUUGCUGCGUGAAAUAAACAACCAAUGUGUGUCUUGGG